GUCAGAUACAGAAAUUAUGUCCAUUGCUUUACAUACGCAAGAAGCCAAUUCUUCUGCUGCACCUGCAUUACAUGAAGCGCUAUUUCUCUCCCCAAGUUAUGAGAGUAAUUCUUCUCCGCAAACUUCCCCUAAUCCCAUUUCAGGUAGAUAUAUAGGUGAAAGGCAGGAGAAAGUCGGUGUUAUUGCUUUGCGUUCCACAAGAACAAGAGGAACUGCAAAACAUACAAAUUCUUCAGGAUUAUUCAAUGUAUUCAGUGCUGCAGAGACGGACACUUUACGCAAAUCGACUAAGUCAACUAAUCGUCUUGUGCGAUGCAGCUUGUAG